AGUGUACUCGAGGAAACACCAAAGAAAGCAGAGGAGAGAGAAAGACCGAAUUAACAGUUGAAACUCGGCUGGAAGUUUAGCGAAGCGAGUCACCUUCCCCUAAAAUGGAUUUGGCGGAGCUGUGGGCAAUCUUCGGGCCCGGCGUGGCUGGGGCCGUAUUUGGAGCCGGUUGGUGGUUCUGGAUCGACGCCGUCGUUUGUAGUUCAGUUAAAGUCUCCUUCGUUCACUACCUUCCUGGUAUUUUUGCGUCAAUUGCCGCUUUGAUGUUCAACUGCGUGAGAAAAGAGGACAUUGAUUAUUCUCCGUACGAAGAAGGGGAGUGGAGAUUGAAGCUCUGGCUUUUUUUCGCUUAUGUUGUAUCCUUUGUCUCUCUAGCGGCAUCAGUUGGCCUAUUAAUACAGGAUUCACUUGUGACAACUGGUCCAUCAGUGUGGACAGGAACUGCGGGUGUCUUGCAGUGUGUGUUUGUAUUGAUCAGUGGACUCAUCUAUUGGACUUCUCAUUCGGAGUAAGAAGAUAUAAGUCAAUAUACUCACCAUCUGAAGGUUGAAAUUUACGAGUGAGGGAACUGUCUUCUCAAGAAUCAUUUUAUUUAUUUGAUUAAUGUGAUAGAAAACAGUUUACACUUUUGUAAAUCUAUGUGUUGUAUUACCAAAUCUUGAGCAUCCAAGUAGGCUUCACGAUUCUCUUAUGGGAUUAUUGUUAAAUGAAAGAUUAAUUUCGCGCUGUACAUGUGUUUAUUAAUCUACUCUGCUUGAACC